AUGGCCAUCGCGCGGGCUCUGCAGCUCCGCCGGACACGACUGGAGUGGCUCGCGCGGCGGCUGGCCCUCAGCGGCUGUUUGUCCCGGCAUGAGGCUUUGGAGGCAAUAAAACGAGGAAAUGUGCAGGUGGACGGGCAGACGGUGACUCGCGAUGUGCAGAUCUGUGACGAGGCUGAAAUAUCCUAUUUGGGGAGGACCCUUCCCGCUGCUGCUGCGAGGCCUGCGCUCUUCGGCAUGAUCAAGCCGCCGCGAGUGGCGUGUACGUACACCACAAAUGGACCAGGGCCUACUCUGAAGACGCUGCUGGCGCAGUGUCCAUCAGUUCCUGAGUUUCCUCUGCGGGAAAUAAAAAAGUACGAAAGCGAAUUAAUGCAGCAGAGACUGAGAGAAAGGGAAAGACUGAAGAAGGGGAACUGGACCGAGAGAAGAGAAGCCCGCGGCAGGCAAGAGAGCGGGACUUCAAAUUUUUUGGAAGAAUCGGAUCUGAGGAGUCUUGAGGAAGAGGCUGAUGAUGGCAGCAGCAGCAAGAAAGGCAGCAGCAGCAGCAACAGCAGCAGCCCGUUGCACAUCCCCGGCCACCUCAUACCGGUGAAUCAUUUGCCACUUCAAGCUGAGGGUCUUGUGCUCCUGACCAACGACGGCGAGUUCGCGCAUGCGCUGCGGAGUCCGGCCAACAAGAUAGUGACUGUGGGGCGCAGCAGCUGCAGAGUUGCUUGGCAGCACUUAGGAGUUUUUUUGUUUUGUUUCGCGGAGUUGUUCUUUUCUUUUUGA